GGCGUGGUCUGAGGUCCGAGACCCCAGUCCUGGCACUGGAGUUUGCUGACUCCCUGUGGUUUCCGGUCUGGUCGGUCGGUCCCCGCUAUGGGCCUGGAGCUGUACCUGGACCUGCUGUCCCAGCCUUGCCGCGCUGUUUACAUCUUCGCCAAGAAGAACGACAUUCCCUUCGAGCUGCGCAUCGUGGAUCUGAUUAAAGGUCAGCACUUAAGCGAUGCCUUUGCCCAGGUGAACCCCCUCAAGAAGGUGCCAGCCUUGAAGGACGAGGACUUCACCUUGACGGAGAGUGUGGCCAUCCUGCUCUACCUGACGCGCAAGUAUAAGGUCCCUGACUACUGGUACCCUCAGGACCUGCAGGCCCGUGCCCGUGUGGAUGAGUACCUGGCAUGGCAGCACACGACUCUGCGGAGAAGCUGCCUCCGGGCCUUGUGGCAUAAGAUGAUGUUCCCUGUUUUCCUGGGUGAGCCAGUAUCUCCCCAGACACUGGCAGCCACCCUGGCAGAGUUGGAUGUGACCCUGCAGUUGCUCCAGGACAAGUUCCUCCAGAACAAGGCCUUCCUUACUGGUCCUCACAUCUCCUUAGCUGACCUCGUAGCCAUCACAGAGCUGAUGCAUCCCGUGGGUGCUGGCUGCCAAGUCUUCGAAGGCCGACCCAAGCUGGCCACAUGGCGGCAGCGCGUGGAGGCAGCAGUGGGGGAGGACCUCUUCCGGGAGGCCCAUGAGGUCAUUCUGAAGGCCAAGGACUUCCCACCUGCAGACCCCACCAUAAAGCAGAAGCUGAUGCCCUGGGUGCUGGCCAUGAUCCGGUGAGCUGGGAAACCUCACCCUUGCACUGUCCUCAGCAGUCCACAAAGCAUUUUCAUUUCUUUUCUCGUGAUCCGCCCGCCUUGGCCUCCCAAAGUGCUGGAAUUACAGGCUUGAGCUACCGCGCCCGGCCGGCAUUUUCAUUUCUAAUGGCCCAUGGGAGCCAGGCCCAGAAAGCAGGAAUGGCUUGCCUAAGACUUGCCCAAGUCCCAGAGCGCCUCACCUCCCGAAGCCACCAUCCCUACCCUGUCUUCCACAGCCACCUGAAAGCCACAAUGAGAAUGAUGCACACUGAGGCCUUGUGUCUUUUAAUCCCUGCAUUUCAUUUUCAUUUUGGAUAAUAAACCUGGGCUCAGCCUGAGCCUCUGCUUCUAA